ACAAUUAGUACUAUUCAUGGUUUAACUAAAAAUCUUUACUGGCGUGUAAUGCAAACACAUGACAAUUUUGAAAAAAUUAUUGCUUUAAGUAGUCAAUGGAUUAAUAAUCCGAUGUACAUACGUGACAAGAAUACAAAACGAAUAGUGUUUGACUAUAAAUUGACAGAAAAAAAAAUCACUAGGUACGCUGAAGUACGAGACGCUAGUAUUAAGAUACAACGAUUGCUUAAGGAAGAUCUUUUAUUAUUUCACAAUGUACCAUUAAUAGAUCCAUAUUUGAGAGAAAUAUUUGAAGAAGAAGUAAAUGAGGAAAAUAACGAAGAAGCAAACAAAGAAGAAGAAACAUUAGACUACGUAGAAAUUCAGGCAGAAUCUAUUUUAGACGAAAUAAUAGAAGAAGAAAAUUAUGGAGAAGAAAACGUUGAAUACAUAGAAAAUCAAGAAGAAAAUAUUUUAGAAGAAAUAUUUGAAGAAGAAGAAAAUAACGGAGAAGAAAAACUAGACUAUAUAGAAAUUCAGGCAGAAAUUAUUUUAUCUAACAUCGAAAACAAGUUAAUGUGGGAUAAAUAUAAAUAUUAUGUUGAUGAAAUAGUAUUUAAGGGAUUACAAGAUGCAACCUUUUGCAGUCUCAAGUAUAUCAACGAUGAAAUAACAAUUCCCAACGGAUCCUUAGCAAUAUUUUUGGUUGUAUACUUUCUUGAUAACAAUAAUUUUCCCCGUUUUUCACCUCAUUUGGAAAUUGAUGAUGAACCAAAUUUCUUAGGAUUGGUUACUUCUUUACUAGAAGAUAUGGUUGAAAUGGGAUCGUACAUGGAAAGAAUUGCUGAUAGCUAUCCACCAUAUAACGUAGAUAUAAGAAAUGUUGAAAAGGUGAAACAAUAUAUAGAUAAUAUACUUGAUCAAGUAAAGAUUACAACCGAUAAAGCUCUUGAAUAUAUUAUGGUGUACCAAGAUUAUUCUAUGGUUUGGUUAACCAAUCAAAAUGACGCAUUGUCAACAUUUUUAUUAUAUGGUAGGGAUCUAUCAUCAGAAGAACUAGAAACUCAAUAUGACGUCGAUGAAGAUGGAAAUCCAUUAGUUAUGCAUUCUUCCCCCAAACUGAUUGAUUUUCAAAACAAAAUUAACUUUUUUGAUAAUAUCUAUCAAAAAGUUGACAAAAUAGUUGAAAGUGUGACAUUUGAUGUUUGGUUAACUAUAGAUAUAAAACCUUUUAAAAGGGAUCUUUUAAAAUUAAUUACCAGUUGGUCAGAUUUAUUCAAAACAUAUUUGGUAAACAAAGUGGUAAACAGUUUGCGUUCGUUACGAGAUUUCACAGUGGAAACAGACAAGGGUCUUUUAAAACCAUUAGAAGAAGGGGACUAUGAAGGUCUUGUAAAAAUUAUGGGACAUUUAUAUAAUGUUCGAGAGAGGCAAGACGAAUAUGAUUCAAUGUUCGAGCCAAUAGGAGAAAUAUUACAUCUAUUAAAAGUGUAUGACGUAGAAAUGCCGGAAGACGUGUACAUUUUGAAACAAGAAUUACCAGAAAAAUGGAGUACAACUAAGAAAAAUGCUUUGAACGUCAAAUCUCAAGUAAUUCCUUUAAUUCAAACAGAAGGAUCAAUAAUAAUCGGAAGAAUAAUUUUGUUAAACGUACGUGAGACGUUUUUAAAAAUGAACUUUUUAAAACAGUCUCAAUUUAAUGCGAAAUGUGAAAACCCUUACAUGGAGAUUGAUAAUGCAAAUUAUUCUUUGAGGGAAUUAGAAUAUUUGCACGCAAAAUUACACUCUCAAGCUGUACUAUUUGAAAUUCCACAACCAGAACCAAAUGUAUUAUUAUCAACUAAAAAAACUCUACGUCUCAAUAAACAACUGUGGGAUUUUGUGUAUCUAGUAAGAGGUUGGAUAGAUGUGUGGAAAUCUACAUUGUGGAAUGACGUAGACACCGAGAAUAUAGACAUGGAACUUAAACGAUUUGCAAAAGAAUUAAAAGUAAUGGAUAAAAUUAUUCGUGAAUGGUCGGUAUAUGAAUACAUCGAAUAUUUAAUAAAAACCAUGAUGACGUCUUUGAGAGCACUAAGUGAAUUACAAAACCCAGCAAUGAAAGAACGCCACUGGACGGAACUUAUGAAUGUUACAAAUGUAAUAUUAUUUAAAUUUAGAUAGAUAGAUAGAUAGAUAGAUAGUUUAUUAUUAUUCGAAAUUAAUAUAAUGUUUUCUAUUGAGAAAUCGACCACACUAAAUGAUUUAGUAUCACUUAAUUUACAUGUCUAUGAAGAUGAUAUAAAAAAUAUUGUCGAUAAGUCUGUAAAAGAAAUGAGUAUGGAGAAGUCUUUAAAAGAAUUUAAUGAAACUUGGAAUACAAUGUCAUUCGAGUAUCAGCCCCAUCCUAGGACAAAAGUUAAUUUGCUUAAAGUCAGGGAAGAGAUAGUGGAAGUCUUAGAAGAUAAUCAAGUCCAAUUACAAAAUAUGCUUAGCUCAAAGUUUGUUGGAUAUUUUUAUAAUGAAGUGUUUAAUUGGCAAUUGAAGCUAAACACAGCUGAUCGAGUAAUAAAUUUGUGGUUGGAAGUACAAAGAAUAUGGGCUUAUCUGGAAGCAAUUUUUAUUGGUUCUGGUGAUAUACGGAUACAAUUACCGGAAGAUACGCGGCGAUUCGAAUUACUCGACAAGGAAUUUAAGUCAUUACUAGUGGAUAUUAGAGCUAAUCCAAACGUUAUAAAGGGCACUGGUAAACCAGGGCUAUACAACAAACUUGUCAAUAUACAAGACGAGCUGUUUAAAUGCGAAAAAGUUUUGGCACAAUAUUUGGAAACAAAACGUUUAACUUAUCCAAGGUUUUAUUUUAUAUCAUCCGCUGAUUUAUUAGAUAUACUAUCAAAUGGUAAUAAUCCGGAGUCCGUUUGCAAACAUUUGAUUAAGCUAUACGACUCGAUGGCAAAAAUAAAGUUUAUUAAAGAUAAACUAGCGGUUGGUAUGUACGCUAAAGAUGGUGAAUACGUUGAUUUUGAUGGGAACUGUGAAUGUUCCGGACAAGUAGAAAAAUGGCUAAAUAAAUUGACAGAUAUAAUGCGUUCAUCUGGUCGUCAGUACUUUAGUAAAGCAGUAAAAUCCUAUGACGAAAAACCAAGAAGAUUAUGGAUAUUUGAUUACCCAGCUCAGGCAGCUUUAUGCGGUGUUCAAAUAUGGUGGACUGCUGAAACUAACGAUGCCUUUGCUCAGCUUGAAAUAGGUCAUGAAAACGCAUUGAAAGAAUACAACAAAAAACAAAUAGUGCAGUUGAACGAACUUAUCGAUUUGCUAUUAGAAGAUCUGACCAAAGGAGAUCGACAAAAAGUGAAUACGAUUUGUACUAUUGAUGUUCAUUGCAGGGACGUAGUAGCGAAAAUGAUUCAACAGAAAAUUGAAACCGCUUCUGCUUUUCAGUGGCAAUGUCAACUAAGACACAGAUGGGAUUUCAAAGAGUCAGAUUGUUUUGCCAAUAUUUGUGACGCGCAAUUUCGGUAUUGGUACGAAUACUUGGGAAAUACUCCUAGACUGGUUGUGACUCCUUUGACCGAUAGAUGUUAUAUAACGUUAACACAGUCGUUACAUCUAAUAAUGGGUGGUGCUCCUGCUGGACCAGCCGGUACCGGAAAAACUGAGACGACCAAAGAUUUAGGAAAAGCCAUAGGAAUGAUGGUCUACGUUUUCAAUUGCUCCGAACAAAUGGAUUAUAGAUCAUGUGGUAAUAUUUACAAAGGCCUUGCUCAAACCGGUGCUUGGGGAUGUUUUGAUGAAUUCAAUAGAAUAUCUGUAGAAGUAUUAUCCGUAGUGGCAACUCAAGUUAAAUCAGUAUUAGACUCCAUUAAAGCAAAAAAGAACACAUGUUUUCUAUUGGGUGACAAUGUUAAUCUCAUUCCAACCAUCGGUAUGUUUAUAACGAUGAACCCCGGGUACGCGGGACGAGCUGAACUUCCUGAGAACCUUAAGGCAUUGUUCAGGCCUUGUGCUAUGGUCGUACCAGAUUUUGAAUUAAUUUGUGAAAUAAACUUAAUUGCCGAAGGAUUUCAAAAUGCAAGGUUACUUGCUAGAAAAUUCUUGACACUAUAUUCACUUUGCAAAGAACUUCUGUCCAAACAAGAUCAUUAUGAUUGGGGUCUAAGAGCUAUUAAAUCACUAUUGGUUGUUGCCGGAUCGUUAAAGAGAGCAGAUAGAAAUCGACCCGAAGAUGAAGUUUUAAUGCGAGCUCUUCGAGAUUUUAACACUCCAAAAAUUGUAACGGAAGAUACUACUAUAUUUAUGGGACUUAUCGGUGACUUAUUUCCUGCACUAGAUGUGCCUCGAAAACGUGAUUUAGAAUUCGAAAAGCAAGUUCGUCAAGCUGCGAUUGACUUGAAACUCCAACCAGAGGAUAAUUUUGUUCUUAAGGUAGUACAACUAGUGGAAUUAUUAGAAGUUAGACAUUCAGUUUUCAUAAUUGGCUUGGCUGGUACGGGAAAGUCCGAGGUGUGGAAAACACUAUAUAGAACUUAUGCAAAUCUGAAAUUUAAACCGUAUUUCAACGACAUCGAGCCGAAAGCAGUAACUAAUGACGAGCUGUUUGGCGUCAUUAGUCCGACUACCAGAGAAUGGGUAGACGGAUUAUUUUCGUGCUUGAUAAGAGAUCAAUCACAAAUGUCUGGCGAUGGAUCCAAAUGGAUGGUAAUGGAUGGUGAUAUAGACCCUAUGUGGAUUGAGUCAUUAAAUACAGUGAUGGACGACAAUAAGGUGUUGACAUUGGCGAGCAAUGAACGUAUUGCCCUGACGCCAACAAUGCGGCUACUGUUCGAGAUAUCCAAUUUGCGGUCGGCUACGCCAGCCACAGUUUCUCGAGCUGGUAUACUCUACUUGAAUCCUACAGAUCUCGGCUGGAACCCUUAUGUUUCUAGUUGGAUUGACACUAGGGAUAACGCGACCGAAAAAGCUGCUCUUUUGGUACUCUUUGAGAAGUAUGUGCCAAUUUGCUUUGAGGGGCUGAAAACAAAAUUUAAAAUCAUAACACCCAUACCGGAAAUAACGCACAUACAAAUGUUGUGCACGUUACUCGAUUGUCUAAUGACUCCGAUAAAUUGUCCCCCGGAAACCACUAGAGAUGUGUACGAAACGUACUUUGUGUUCGCUUGUCUUUGGGCGUUUGGUUCGGCUACUUUCCAAGAUCAGUUGAUUGAUUGGCGAGUUGAAUUUUCUAAAUGGUGGUUAACAGAGUUUAAGACGAUUAAAAUCCCAUCAGGAAGUGUCUUCAAUUAUUUUAUCGAUCCUGAAUCGAAACAGUUUCUUCCGUGGUCAGAUCUUGUUUCUUCAUUUGAACUUAAUCCAGAUAUACCUCUACAACAAACACUCGUGAACACAAUAGAAACGACUAGAAUAAGAUAUUUUCUUGACUUACUGGUUGAUAAAAAAAAGGCAAUUAUGUUGGUUGGAGCUGCUGGUACUGGAAAAUCAGUCAUAAUAAAUGAUAAACUCAAAUCACUUUCUAAUGAUUUGUACGCUGUUGCAAAUGUACCGCUUAAUUUCUACACAACAUCUGAAAUGUUACAAAAGAUUUUGGAAAAACCAUUAGAGAAAAAAGCAGGAAGAAACUUUGCCCCACCGGGUGGAAAAAUAUUAAUUUAUUUUAUAGAUGAUAUAAAUAUGCCAGAAGUCGACCCUUAUGGAACUGUACAGCCUCAUACUCUCAUCAGACAAUUUAUGGAUUAUAAACAUUGGUAUGACAGGACCAAGUUAUGCCUAAAAGAUAUACAAAACGUUAUGUUUGCUUCGAGUAUGAAUCCUACUGCCGGAAGUUUUUCUAUUGAUUCUCGACUACAGAGGCAUUUUUAUGUAUUUGCUUUGGGAUUUCCAUCCCGUGAUGCAUUAUACACAAUUUACUCUUCAAUUUUAACUCAACAUUUAAAAAACCCAGUAAAUAAAUUCAACAGUACUGUAUCAAAAUUAGCAGAUAUAAUUGUGCAGUUGGCAAUCAAUUUCCAUGACAAAAUUCUUUCAGUAUUUUUGCCAACAGCUAUUAAGUUUCAUUACAUAUUUAACCUUAGAGAUAUGAGCAAUGUUUUUCAAGGAAUCAUGUUUACCACUGGAGAAUGUGUCCCAACAACUAGUUCUUUUAUUCGCCUCUGGCUUCACGAAACUAGUCGAAUUUAUAGCGAUAAAUUAAUAGAAAAAAAAGAUCAAGAAACCUUUUCAAAAACAAUUACGGAACAAAUAAAGAAAACUUUUAGUAACUUAGUAAUUGAGGAUAUCCCGGAAAAUGAAUAUUUGAUAAGCCCAUUGAUAUUUUCACACUUCGCGGAUGGUAUUGGUGAUCAAAAGUAUAUGCCAGUGCGGUCGUGGUCCAUACUCCAAAAAUUACUAAAUGAUGCAAUGAAGUCAUACAACGAAUUUUUGGGGGCCAUUAACUUGGUGCUAUUUGAAGAUGCAAUGUCACACGUUUGCCGUAUAAACCGUAUACUUGAACUUCCCAGAGGCAAUGCAUUACUCGUUGGAGUGGGUGGCAGUGGUAAACAGUCGUUGGCUCGAUUGUCAGCUUUCAUAUCUUCGCUAGAACCGUUCCAAAUACAGUUGAGGUCUUCAUACAGUAUUUCUGAUUUGAAAGCUGAUUUAGCAACUUUAUACUUAAAAGCUGGGUUAAAAAAUAUUGGCAUUAUGUUCCUGAUGACUGACUCUCAAGUGGCUGAUGAGAAGUUCCUUGUGCUCAUUAAUGACAUGCUGGCUAGUGGCGAGAUCCCAGAGCUGUUUGCCGAUGAUGAAAUCGAUAAUAUAAUUCAAGCCAUCUCCCCAGAGGUCAAAGCAGCUGGUUUACCCGAAACUAAAGAAAACUGUUGGCAUUUUUUCAUUAACAAAGUGAGAUCAUUAAUCAAGAUUGUUUUGUGUUUUUCGCCUGUCGGCAAUACAUUAAGAAUUCGAGCCAGACGAUUUCCAGCUCUAGUCACUUGCACUUCUAUCAACUGGUUCUACGAAUGGCCCAAAGAGGCUUUGGAAUCCGUAUCAUUUAGGUUUUUAAGCGAUUUGGUCGAACUUCCAGUCAAACUAAGGAAACCAGUAUCUCUGUUUAUGUCUCACGUACAUAGUUCAGUAAAUGAUAUGUCGCUAAGAUAUUUAACAAAUGAUCGUCGUUACAAUUAUACUACACCAAAAUCAUUUUUGGAACAAAUUAAUCUCUAUAUGAAACUAUUAGUAUCGAAGACCAAAGAUAUUAAGCACGGGAUCUAUCGAUUCCAAAAUGGUAUUAAACAACUUUUAUCAUGUGCAGCUCAAGUUGAUAUUUUAAAAGUUGAAUUAGAUGUACAAGAGAUUGAAUUAACUAAGAAAAAUGCUAAAGCUGAAGAGCUUAUCAAAGUGGUCCAAAAAGAAACAGAGAAAGUAAAAUAUGAAAAAUAUAAAGCUGCUGAAGAAGAAGACAAAGUAAAAUUGAUUGAAGAAGAUGUUGGUUUGAAACAACGAUUAUGUGCAGAAGAUUUAGAGAAAGCAGAACCAGCGUUGGUAGCAGCACAAAGUGCUUUAGAUACAUUAAAUAAAAAUAAUUUAACAGAACUAAAAUCAUUUGGAUCUCCUCCAUUAGCUGUAAUAAAUGUAUUAUCGGCAGUUAUGGUAUUACAAGCCAAAAAAGGAAAAAUACCAAAAGAUAGGAGCUGGAAAGCUUGCAAGGUUAUGAUGGCAAAAGUUGAUGGAUUUUUAGAUUCACUUAUAAAUUAUGAUAAGGAACAUAUACACCAGGAUGUAGUUAAAGCAAUUCAACCUUAUUUAAAAGAUCCUGAAUUUGACCCAGAUCUAAUUUUUGCAAAGUCUUCGGCUGCUGCUGGUUUAUGUAAAUGGGUAAUAAAUAUAAUGAAGUUUAAUAACGUUUGGCAAGUAGUGGAGCCAAAACGUAAAGCUCGUGAUCAAGCAAAUGAAGAACUAAGUGCUGCAAGGAAUAAACUUAUGGAGCUUAGAAAUAUGAUUAUUGAAUUGGAAAAAAAACAAAAAAUCUUAACAGACGAGUUUGACGGCGCCGUAGCUGAAAAAACGAAUUGUCAAAAUCAAGCUGAUGAAACAUCUAUGAGGAUUGAUUUAGCAAAUCGACUUGUCAACGGCUUAGCGUCAGAAAAUGUACGGUGGAAAGAAAGCGUUUCAAUGUUGCAAAAAAGUUUGCAAACUUUACCCGGGGAUACCCUUAUGGUUUCUGCCUUUGUGUCAUAUGUUGGUUACUUUACAAAAAUCUAUCGUCAAGAACUUAUUCAAAAUGCAUGGUUACCCUUUUUCAAAGAAGUUAAGCCGGAGAUACUAAUAACAGAAAAUUUAGAUCCACUAUCUUUGCUCACUGAUGAUGCACAAAUUGCAGCUUGGAAUAAUGAAGGUUUACCAAAUGAUAGGAUGUCAUCUGAAAAUGCAACAAUUUUAACUAAUUCUGUUCGAUGGCCAUUAAUGGUUGAUCCUCAGCUUCAAGGAAUUAAAUGGAUUAAAGCAAAAUAUGGAAGAAACUUAAGAAUUACCAGACUGAACUACAAAAAUUAUUUGUUAGAUAUAGAAAUUUGUGUUAGAGAUGGGAACGUUCUAUUGAUUGAGAAUAUAGGAGAAAACAUUGACCCUGUCUUAGACAACAUUAUUGGACGAAAUUUAAUAAAAAAAGGAAGUGCUGUAAAAAUCGGUGAAAAAGAAAUUGAUUACAAUCCGAAUUUCCGUCUCAUAUUGCACACAAAAUUAUCAAAUCCACAUUACAAACCAGAAAUGCAAGCACAGACAACACUUAUCAACUUCACCGUGAACCGUGAUCAACUUGAAGAUCAAUUAUUGGCGGAAGUAGUGAAAGUUGAAAGACCUGAUUUAGAAAAAAUGAGAAUCGAUUUGACCAAACAACAGAAUAGCUUUAAAAUAACAUUGAAACAACUUGAAGAUGAUUUAUUACAGAGGCUGUCAUCAGCUGAUGGUGAUCAGAUACUUGGUGACAAAGAACUUGUUUUGAACCUUGAAAAAUCUAAAAAAACUGCUACGGAAAUUGAAUUAAAAGUGGCUGAAGCGAAAAUAACAUCAAAAGAAAUUGACACUGCUCGUGAAGAAUAUCGUAUUGCUGCAACACGAGCAUCAAUAAUUUACUUUAUAAUGAAUGAUUUGAUAAAAAUAAAUCCAAUGUAUCAGUUUUCUUUAGAGGCUUUCAGUGUUGUCUUUCAACGAGCUAUGAAAAACGCGGAAAAAGCAGAUACUUUAAAAAUGCGAAUAGCUAAUUUGGUUGAUAAUAUAACUUAUCAAACAUUUAUUUAUACUAGUAGAGGAUUAUUUGAAAAGGAUAAGUUAAUAUUCAUCUGUCAAGUGACUAUUCAGAUACAACUUCAAGCAAAUAAGAUAAAACCGGUAGAGUUAGAAUAUUUGUUGAGAAGGCCAGCAAUUGCUGGAUUAUCUAGUCCAUUUGAUUUUAUUUUACCAAGUGUAUGGGGAGCUAUAAAGUCACUUGUUUUAGCUGAUGAUGAAUUUGUCGGUCUAGACAAGGACAUUGAAACUUCCGGUAAACGAUGGCAGUUAUACAUAGAUAGUGAAGCUCCAGAAAAAGAUAAAUUACCACAAGAAUGGAAAAACAAAACUCCAUUCCAGAGACUAUGCAUAAUAAGAGCUUUAAGAACCGAUCGAAUGACUUAUGCUACCAAAGUAUACGUCCAAGAAAUUCUUGGUCUCAAAUAUACCAAUUUUAGACCUCCGGAAUUUAUUGAUUCAUUCAAAGAAACUACUUGUAAAACACCUGUAUUUUUUAUAUUAUCAUCCGGAGUGGAUCCAACUCGUGAUGUUGAAGCUGUUGGUAAAAAAAAAGGAUUUACAAUUGAAAAAAAGAACUUCCAUAAUAUAUCUUUAGGGCAAGGACAAGAACAAGUGGCAGAAGAUGCUAUAGAGUUAAGUUCUCGGUUGGGUAACUGGGUCAUGUUACAAAAUGUACAUUUAGUGCAAAAAUGGUUACCUUCUUUGGAUAAGAAAAUGGAAGCAUCUUUUGAACAUCCACAUGUCAAUUAUAGAAUAUUUAUUAGUGCUGAACCCGCAGCUGAUCCACUCUAUCACAUUAUUCCUCAAGGUGUUUUGGAUUCUUCAAUCAAAAUAACAAACGAACCACCUACAGGAAUGAUGGCAAAUUUGCAUAAAGCUUUAGAUAAUUUCAACCAAGAUACUCUUGAAAUGUGUGCGAAAGAAGCAGAAUUUAAAGCGAUCUUGUUUAGCUUGUGUUAUUUCCAUGCAUCUAUACAGGAAAGAUCAAAGUUUGGAGCUCAGGGAUGGAAUAGAUCGUAUCCAUUUAAUGUAGGUGAUUUAACUAUUUCUGUGAACGUUUUAUAUAAUUAUUUGGAAGCCAACAAUAAAGUUCCUUGGGAAGAUCUUCGAUAUCUUUUUGGAGAAAUCAUGUAUGGUGGACACAUUACCGAUGACUGGGAUAGAAGAUUAUGUCGGACUUAUCUUGAAGUCUAUAUGAAUCCAGAUCUAAUGGAAGGAGAGCUUUUAUUUGCACCGGGUUUUGUGGCUCCACCAAAUACGGACUAUAAGUCAUAUCAUGAAUAUAUAGAUGAUUUACUGCCAUCAGAGAGUCCUAUAUUAUAUGGACUCCACUCGAAUGCUGAAAUCGGCACACUCACUACAAGAUCUGAAAACUUAUUCCAAACUCUAUUUGAAAUGCAACCUAGAGAUUCGGGUUCAUCCGGUGGAACUAGCAUGUCGAGGGAUGAAAAAGUUAGGCAAGCUUUAGACGACGUCCUUGAUAAAGUUCCAGAACCGUUUAAUUUAAUAGAUAUGAUGGGUAAGGUCGAAGAACAAACUCCAUACGUAAUCGUAUCAUUCCAAGAAUGUGAGCGUAUGAAUACGCUAAUGAACGAAAUUAGACGGUCAUUAAAAGAGCUACAUUUAGGAUUAAAGGGUGAACUGACAAUAACAGCAGAUAUGGAGGCAUUAGAAGAAUGUUUGUUUAUGGAUAAAGUUCCACCUAGCUGGGAAAAGCGUGCUUACCCAUCGUUAUUGCCUUUAGCAGCUUGGCAUGCAGACUUAUUGAGAAGAUUACGUGAACUAGAAUCAUGGGUUAGCGAAUUUCAGCUUCCAUCGUCAGUAUGGUUAGGUGGAUUUUUCAACCCUCAAUCAUUCUUAACUGCUAUUAUGCAGUGCACAGCUCGAAAAAUGGGAUGGCCUUUAGAUAAGAUGUGCUUACAAUGUGAUGUGACAAAAAGAUACCAAGAAGAAAUCACGAUAGCACCUAGGGAAGGCGCUAUGAUAAAUGGAUUGAUAUUAGAAGGUGCUCGUUGGGACUUGAUUGCGGGUUGCAUUGUUGAAUCGAUUCCAAAAGAUUUAUUUCCAAUAAUGCCGGUGAUACAUAUUAAAGCUAUUAUCAAAGACAAACAAGAUUUGCGAAAUAUUUACGAAUGUCCAGUUUACAAAAUCAAACAAAGAGGGCCAACAUUUGUGUGGACAUUUAAUUUAAAAACACGACAAAAGCCAUCUAAAUGGAUUUUAGCUGGUGUAGCAAUACUACUUAGUGUAUAACUAAAUAAACGGAGUACUAAUUAUAUGUAAUUAGAUAUUUAGGUUAUGUUUAUAUUUGUCUAGUUUAUCCAAAAUAAAGAACUAACUAAACUAACCUAACUCAGUUGUCCCGUUUUUGAGCGAAAUAUUUUAUAUAAUACUAGUUGUAUUACACUACUUC